AUGUAUUCUCUGCUUCCUUUUAUCACUGCUAGGCUUCCAGAAAUGCCCAUAGAAGUAUGGUGCAAUAUUUUAAGGAUGCUGGAUUCUAAAUCAUUAGUAUCCGCUGUAAGGAAUUCGUCUUCUUUUAGUAUCAUGGCUCGGGGAGAUCCAAUAUUGAGGCAAAAAGUUAGAAGUGCAAUCAAAGAAGAGGAAGAAGAGAUUGUCGCACGGCUAAGAAGACCAGGAAUAACCUCAAGAGUAGAAAGAUCAUCCAAACAAGCUGAGUUAUAUUCCAAAAACUCCCAAAAGAAGACGACUAUAAGGAAGGAACCAAAAAUGUUUAAAGUUUGUAGAGUUGCCAAGAAAGAGCCGUCAGAUUUGAAAAUCAGAAGCAAAGUUUGCCAUUCUUAUUUCAACAAUCGCGUUGUCAACAUGUAUUCUUUGCUUCCUUUUAUCACUGCUAGGCUUCCAGAAAUGCCCAUAGAAGUAUGGUGCAAUAUUUUAAGGAUGCUGGAUUCCAAAUCAUUACUAUCUGCUGUGAGGAGUUCGUCAUCCUUUAGUUACAUGGCUCGGGGAGAUCCAAUACUAAGGCAAAAGGUCAGAAGUGCAAUCGAAGAAGAAAAAAAAGAGAUUGUCGCGCUUCUUAGAAGACCAGAAUUAACCUCAAGAGUGGAAAGAUCAUCUAAACAAGCUGAGUUAUAUUCCAAAAACUCCCAGAAGAAGACGACUAUAAGGAAGGAACCAAAAAUGUUCAAAGUUUGUAGAGUUGCCACGAAAGAGCCGUCAGAUUUGAAAAUCAGAAGCAAAGUUUGUAAAUCAUCUAGAUUUAAUCCUUAUAGGAUAUAG